GAGCAGAUGAGGAUGAGGAGAAGAGGAAGAGGUGAGCCAGAUGAGACUCCAUUCAGUGUAAAGAGAAGAGAGCAGGAGGAGGAAGCUGAAGGCUGAGGCAGGACUGACUUCAGAUCAGAAGAUGAGUGAUUUGGAGGAAGAGGAGGACAGAGCAGAGUCUGGAGUAUCAGGCUGGUUGUCUAUGAAGAGUGACCGGUCCAGAAGAGAUCCUCCAGACCUCAGUACUGGACCUGGACCCCCAGACACAAAGUUCAGUGUUGCUGUUGUUCCUCUCAGACUGACUUCAGAUCAGAAGAUGAGUGAUUUGGAGGAAGAAGAGGACGGAGCAGAGUCUGGAGUAUCAGGCUGGUUGUCUAUGAAGAGUGACUGGUCCAGAAGAGAACCUCCAGACCUCAGUACAGGACCUGGACCCCCAGACACAAAAGAGAAGAGGAGAGAUGAUUCUGAGGAUGAGCUGUCCAGAACCAGAACCAGAACCAGAACCAGAGCUGAACUGCAGACAGCCAGUCAGAGCAGCUCUGGAAAAAAGAUCGGUGGUCAGCAUGCACAUAAGAUCAGAGUGAAGAGGACAUAUGAACGUGUGACUGAAGGAGCUGAGCAAACAGGAAGUGGAACCCUCCUCAGCAGGAUCUACACUGCGGUCUACAUCACAGACAGACUGAGAGAGGUUAAUAUCCAACAUGAGGUGAGGGAGCUGGAGACAUCUUCCAAGAUGGAGACCCUCCAUGACUCUCCAAUCCAGUGCAGCGACAUCUUUAAAGCCUCACCUGGCAAACAGAAACCCAUCAGAGUUGUUAUGAUGAUUGGCAUCGCUGGCGUUGGAAAAACCUUCUCAGUGCAGAAGUUCUGUCUGGACUGGGCCGAUGGGUUGGAGAACCAAGAUGUCGAUCUGGUGAUUACUCUUUCCUUCAGGGAGCUGAACCUGAUCAAAGAUGAGCAGUACAGUCUUCUGGAGCUCCUCCGUGUUUUCCAUCCAACAUUACAGGAGAUCCCAGCAGAGCAGCUUGCUGCCUCCAGACUUCUCUUCAUCUCUGACGGCCUGGAUGAAAGCAGACUUUCACUGGAUUUCAACAGCAAUGAAACUGUUGCUGAUGUCACACACAAGUCCUCAGUCAAUGUUCUGUUGACAAACCUCAUCCAGGGGAAGCUGCUUCCCUCGGCUCUCGUCUGGAUAACUUCCCGACCUGCAGCAGCCAAUCAGAUCCCUCCUGCGUGUGUUGACAGGGUAACAGAAGUACGAGGCUUCACUGACGCCCAGAAGGAGGAGUACUUCAGGAAGAGAGUCAGUGAUGAAGAGCUGUCCAGCAGAAUCAUCUCCCACGUCAAGACAUCCAGGAGCCUCCACAUCAUGUGUCUGAUCCCAGUCUUCUGCUGGAUCACUGCUACAGUUCUGGACCACAUGUUGACUACAGACCAGAGAGGAGAGCUGCCCAAGACCCUGACUGACAUGUACUCCCACUUUCUGGUGGUUCAGACAAACAGGAAGAAACUCAAAUAUUUUGAGGGACAUGAGACGAGUCCACAGGAGCUGGCGGAGGCUGAUGGGGAAGUUCUUUUGAAGCUGGGGAGGCUGGCGUUUGAACAGUUGGAGAAAGGAAACAUCAUGUUCUACCAAGAAGACCUGGAGCGCUGUGGUCUGGACGUCACAGAGGCCUCGCUGUACUCAGGAGUCUGUUCACAGAUCUUCAAAACAGAGAGUUUGGUCUUCCAGAAAACUGUCUACUGCUUUGUUCAUCUGAGCAUUCAGGAGUUUCUGGCUGCAGUAUACCUGUUCCACUGUUACAACAACAGGAACACACAGGUACUCAAGGACUUCCUGAGACCAGACGUCAAGCAUAGGGACUCAAACUCAAAGUCUUUUCUCAAGAAGAUUUCUAAGUCUUUUGGAAAGAAAGAUAGCCGUGGUGACAGUGAACAUGACCAUUACCCAUCCCUGGAUGUCUUUCUGAAGAGAGCCAUGGAGAAAUCCCUGAGGAGUAAAAAUGGCCACCUGGACCUGUUUGUCCGCUUCCUUCAUGGCCUCUCUCUGGAGUCCAACCAGAGACUCUUAGGAGGCCUGCUGGGUCGGACAGACAACAGUCCAGAAAUCAUCCAGAGAGCCAUCAACAACCUGAAGGAGAUGAACAGUGAUGAGAUCUCUCCUGACAGAAGCAUCAACAUCUUCCACUGUCUGACGGAGAUAAAGGACCACUCAGUCCAUCAGGAGAUCCAAGAGUUCCUGAAGUCAGAGAACAGAUCAGAGGAGAAACUCUCUGAGAUCCACUGCUCAGCUCUGGCCUACAUGCUGCAGAUGUCAGAGGAGGUUCUGGAUGAGUUGGACCUGGAGAAGUACAACACAUCAAUGGAGGGAAAACAGAGACUGAUUCCAGCUGUGAGGAACUGCAAAAAGGCUCGAUUGAGGAGAUGCAGUUUGUCAGAGAUCAGCUGUGCUGCUGUGGUCUCAGCUCUGAAGUCCAAUCCCUCCCAUCUGAGAGAGCUGGACCUGAGCUUCAACAAAGACCUGGAGGAUUCAGGAGUGAAGCAGCUGUGUGCUGGACUGGAGAGUCCAGACUGUAGACUGGAGACUCUGAGAUUGAGGAACUGCAGUUUGUCAGAGAUCAGCUGUGCUGCUCUGGUCUCAACUUGGAAGUCCAACCCCUCCCAUCUGAGAGAGCUGGACCUGAGCUUCAACAAAGACCUGAAGGAUUCAGGAGUGAAGCAGCUGUGUGCUGGACUGGAGAGUCCAGACUGUAGACUGGAGACUCUGAGAUUAGUGAACUGCAGUUUGUCAAAGAUCAGCUGUGCUGCUCUGGUCUCAGCUCUGAGGUCCAACCCCUCCCAUCUGAGAGAGCUGGACCUGAGCUACAACAACCUGGAGGAUUCAGGACUGGUGCAGCUGUGUGGUCUGAAGGAGAGUCCAGACUGUAGACUGGAGACUCUGAGAUGGUAGUAACCAUGAUUAGUCAGAGGGAUCAGGAUGAGGAUGUGUUGCAGGAUCAGCUGAGUCCUGAUGAUCCAGAGAGGUUGAAGCAGCAGCAUCACCUCUAACUGGGCCGUGGUACUGGGAGGUAGAGCCGAGAGACUCUGGCCGCUUCACAAUCCCAACAAUGGAAAGAACAGACUAGUGGUUUUGGGGAGAAACUUCUAGUUAGUCGCUCUCACAGAACCCUGUGGACAGUUUGAGACGAUGCCUUCUUGCUGGUAUUGUGUUAUAACCCAACACAGAGGCCGCCUGCAGAGCUCCAAAAUAACAGCAUGAUCUUUUUGACCCGGGAGGACGACACAAGGGUUUAAACUUCUCAUGUUUACUUUUAAUUAAGGUUAAGGGGGGAAGAAGCAAAGUGGCAGACUAUCUCCUGUGUUUGUGUUAGACGUUGGGAUGUACAUAUACAGUUUUAUCUUCUACCUCGUUGAAGACUUUUGUCCCAUUGUGCUGCCGUGCUGUGUGAAACAAUGGUUAUAUUUCUGACUCUGCAGAUUACGACAGCAUAACUGUAGAUCCACAGACAUUUAACCCUCCUGUUGUCCUCGGGUCAAAUUUGACCCGUUAGCAAAAACUUUCUAUCAGAACUAUGACAAAAGAACUUUGAAAAAAGUGAUAAAAGUUGAAAAAAAAACCUACAAAAACGCAGAAAAAAAAUUAACAAAAACAUUUAUUAUUAAAACGCUAACAAGAAAAAGUAACAAGAAAUUGUUAAAAAAUUGAGUGAAACAUGAUUUAAAUCACUCAAAAAAGUGACAAAAAAUAGGAAUAAAUUGACACAAACGUCCAGAAAAGAACAACGAAAUGUAGAAAUGUCCCCCAGAGAAAGCCAAGGUGGACAGGAAGACCAGCCAGGAUCACUGCAUCCUGUAUCACUGUAAUAACAGAAUGAAAUGGAGAUAAACCCAACA